AUGACGCCUUCGAUCUUCGACUCAACUGCUAGAGCUCGCACCCGGCUCGAGAAGGAGGGGCACACAGUUCUCUCGCCACCGCCCUCGGCCGGUGACGUCUCGAAGGAGCAUGCUCGACGAGCCAUGGGGAUGAGGGGCGCGGUGCCGGAUGAUCUUCGGAAGGACGUGCUCCGUGAGAUGCACGACCAGCACGCGCAAGACGUCGCCAAGGCGUUGCAGGAGCACGACGAUGAGGCUGUGAAGCGCCUUCACGACGACCGCAAGAUGAUGCGAGAGUACAAUGACUUCGCGCCGCAGUCCAAGACGUUCCACAAUGUCCGCAUCCCGGUGCAGAUUCUCGACCAAGAGGAGCACCAUCUCCAGCUCUUCAAGCCGCGUCUACAGAGCUUCGUCAAGAGGCUGCUUCCCGACGUCAGGCCCGACGACUACGAGAAGCGCGCCUACCUCGAACAGCGACGCAUCGAAGAGUUGGGGGACGAGAUUCACCGGCUGGACGAAGUGGCGAAGAAGGAGUUGGCCGAAGAAGCCAUGAAGACGCAGCUCGCUCGUCUCGCCCAGCAGCGCUACGAGCUAUUCGAUGGACUCCCGCGCGCAUUCCGAUCCGCGACGGAGGAGAUGUCCUUCGAGGAGGAAAAUCGCAAGAUCGUGCAGCUCUUGACUUCGCAUGGUGGCAUCGAGUACUGCGAGGAGGAGUUGCACGAGUGGAUCAAAGCCGAGAUUGCUCUUCAGUGCCUCCGGCACCCUGACAGGUUCGCAGGCAUGUCGCAUGCCGAACCAGGGUCAUACGGCGAGGUCAAAUUCGCCGUACGUACAGCGGAGCGCAUUGCCGAAGGCAUUGCGUCGAGCCCGGAGAAACUGCGCGCCACUCUGUGCCAGUCUUUCUUCACGAACACGGCGCAUCAGGUCGCGGAGGGCAAUCUGCAGAACAUCCAGCUCGCGGCAAAUUCCGUCACUUUCGUCUACUUCAAGACGUACAAUGCCUGUCAAAUCGCGCGCCAGUUUGUUCGCCUGCACCUGCCUGACGAGCAACUUGCCGCCACGAUGCGCAAGUACCUGCGCGCCACUGUAUCCGAGUUGAAUGAUCCGCCUGCUCUGCCCGUGCAGCCCGUCAAAGCCGGCGAGGAGACUCUCGCCUCUCUGGCCCCGGCAGGACGAGCGCAGAUUACUCAAAGUCGGGACGAGACGCGGGACCUCCCAUCCGCGGCGGCAUCUGUGCUGCAGAGCUGCCUCGAGCGCGACAUCCAAGAUGCUAGAGCCAAAGCUCUCGCCGCUUUCCCGCCGGUCGAACCGACAGACGAGGAAGCCGAACGUCUUGCGGACCUUGUCGACACCCUCGUUGAGGGGAAACUUGACGCACACAAAUGGGUUCGGCUGCUCAUUGUGCAGCGAUGCUUGCUCGAGCCUGGCGAGUUCAGACGCGAGCUGGCGCGUGUCGAGCCAACUGGAUCCGUCAAGUCCGAGCUCAAAUAUUACUACAAGUUGUUCAUGGAUGAGCUGAGGAAGACCGGCAACCCCCUCACUGCAGGCGAGAACAUUCUGAGGUUUCUUGACGAGGAUGAAGCGUGA